CCAGCCGAUCGGUGGAGACUUCAGUGAGACGUGAUAUUCCGAGAGAGUCGGACGUGGAAACUACAAUUACUGAUCGGGUCGUACUCCAAAAAUAUACAUACAUAUACUGAACACAGGAAACAUAAAACAGCUGUCGUAACUGAGUGAUUCACGAUGAGAAUUGUGCGGUGUCUGGGGAUUUUUCUGGCCCUACUUAUGCCAUGGAAUUUAGAGGCUCAGGACUCAGGCUCAGGACAGGCUCAGGACAGGUUACCCCCCUCUCCAGCUCCUCGCCCACUAGCUCCUCUCCCACCAUCUCCUCGGCCACCAGCUCCUCCCUCACCAGCUGCUUCCGCACCAUAUCCUCCCUCAAUAUCUCCUCCUCCACCGGCUGCUUUCUCACCAACUCACCAACUUGAUAUUUGGGAUACAACCACAUAUAUUCCGACAACUACCUUCAUACAUCAGGAUCCAAUAAACUUUGUCAAACGAGAGAAUCAGUUGUCAAAAAACGACAUGGAAAGCUGUCCACUCGAGCGGAGAGUCUGCUUCCUAAACGGCACCUACGAUCACUGUUCCAGCUUAGAUGUAGGGUAUUAUGAAAACAAUACAAGCUCCAGCUUUGUUUUCUGUGACUUCAUGACCUGCCAGCCGGAGGAGUUCGAGCACGACUAUAUCACUCGGAACCACGACCAGACGCCUCACCUGAACAGGUGGAAGAGAGCCAGGAUAGGGGAAAAUGCCACCCUGCACGAUGUGUGCCUGCUGAGGAAUGGAAUGCCGGUAACGCGGGAGUGUCUGCUGCAGAAUUACAGGGCUCAGUGGGAGUCCGUGCAGCAGUGGCCGCCCGUGGUUUGUCUUCGGCGAUACAGGGAGCACUCGAUCAGUAAGGAGUUAAACAGUCUGCACGACGACAUCCUCGAGGGAAGGAGGCGGACGAACGACACCAAAGGACGGAGAGAGAUGACUGGAAUAAUGAGGAACAUGUUCCGGCAGCGGGACAGAACCCUCCUGCCCGCAGAUGUCCACAUGACGGGCCAGAUGCUUGGCUCCCUGAUGCAGCAAGACAAGGACGCCGCUGUCAGCGUGGACCUUGUUAGUGUGUGCAAAGAGAUCAUGUCCAGUGGCAACCAGGUUCUGCGUCUCUCCGCCCAGCUCAAUGCCACAAACACGCUUCUCAGUCAGUUCGAGACCUACAUGGACGCCCUGCCGGAGCAACUGGUUCCCCAAGACAGUUGCGGCAAGGUGGUGCCACAAACUACUAGUGAUGCUAGCGAAGUAGCCACCACCGGCGUGGAAACCAUAAACUAUUCCGACAUCGGGGUACAGGCUCAGAUCACUGGAAACCUGAGUGUGUUCUUCGUCAAUCCCUUGUGCGAUAAUAUCACGGGAAUAGCCAUCUUCUCGGCCAGCUCCGAAGACAGGAAAGCCUGCGCCAGUGGCUUCUGGUACCGGUUCCUACGCUCCACCGAUAACUUGGCCACAAUCAAGGCAGAGUCUCACCUGGAAACGGCUGCAUUUCUACCCCACAACCUCUGGCAGGCUCUUAAGAGGAAGGGUGCUUCCUUUCUAACUUUCAAAGUCUAUGCCCACGAUGCACUUUUUGUGGAAACUGCAGAAGUACGAACUCGAAGACCUCGCAGCAAGGUUAUUUCAAUUUCUAUACCCGGUUUAGAAGACCACUCCCUGCCAUUGGCCUUGCCCUUUCUGCUGCGAAACGAAAACCUUCGGGAGCCGGACUCCAGAGCCAUAAGUGCCGGCAGUGGUUGCGGCUACUGGAACUACCAGACGUGGCGGAAUGAUGGAGUGUCCACCAGCAACUCAGACCUGCUUAGAGACGCCAUCAUCGAGUGCCACACCUACCACCUCACCCAGUUUGCAUUCCUCGUCGGCGGCAGCUACCGAACCAAUGGCCUGGGCGAGGAUGUGCUUAUUACUCCGCUCAACGAACGAGUCCUGGACAUAAUCUCCAUUGUGGGCUGCUCCUUGUCGCUAGUAGGAGUGCUGGGAAUCUUCCUCACGGCAGGCAUUUUCAAGUCCUGGCGCUCCCAGGCCUCCACCAAGGUCCUGCUGCACCUUUGUCUGGCCAUGGCCCUGCAGAUGAUACUUUUUGUGUUCAUCAACACGGAUGACAUCUCCGAGCAACUGGUGGUGAACGGCGAUACCCGACGAUGCGUCGCAUUGGGAGCUGCCCUCCAGUACUCUCUCUUGGUGCUGUUUAGCUGGAUGCUGAUCAUCGCCUUCCUGCAGUUCCAGCGCUAUGUGACGGUAAUUGGAAUCGAGAGGCCCAGGCACUAUAUCCUGAAGGCCGCCAUUGUGGCCUGGACGUUGCCUCUGCUUCCAACGCUCUUGGUGGCCCUUAUAGACCCAGAUUCGUAUGUGCCCACAAAGGCCCAGCUGGCCACGGAUACUGGGAUCUGCUACCCAUCCGGGUACGGGCUCAUUUUCGGCGUAGUGCUGCCUGUGACUCUGAUAACCAUUGCCAACUUCAUCAUUUUCGUCUACGUGUUCUACAGCAUCUCCCACUCCCUGAGCCAGAGCAUUCACAGGGCCGAGAAGAAGAUGGUUGUGAAGCAGAUUCGGCUCUCCAUUCUGCUCUUUUUCCUGCUGGGACUCACCUGGAUAUUCGGCAUUUUCGCCUUCAUGCAGGCGGGCGUGGCGUUCUCGUACCUGUUUUGCAUCACAGCAACAAUGCAGGGAUUCGUGAUGUUCGUCUACUUCAUCCUCCUGGAUACGGCCAAUCGACGGGCGUGGAUGGGCCUGAUUUGUCCCACCAAGAUGAAGAUGGACGUGCAGAAGCGCACCACCGAACUGCAGUCGAUGACCACUUCAUCCACCAACUACACAAGCCGAUCCACUCCCCACUAAACCGAAUGGUUGGCCUUCCCCUUCGCAUCGAACAAAUGGUCUCCACGCCAGUGUAUUAAUUAUUUAUUAUUGCCAUUAUUUAUAGCACGCUCUCUGUUUCAACUUUUAGUUUUAAAGUAAGGCCUUUAAAUUAUAAAAUAAACAAA